AUGUUUAGUCAAGUGAAUGUUUCACUCAACGAUAAAUUAAUCACGCCAAGCGCUACGACGUAUCCCUACCGUGCCAUGAUUGAAACACUUCUAAACUUUGGCCCAGAUCCGCUAGCAGCCGAUGCUAACGCGAACAUGGGUUUGAAAAAGCGACGCAGCUUUAUAGCAACCAGUCGAAGUUGUGAUAUGUCUGGCCCGUUACAUGCAGACAUUUGUUUUCAAGAACGUCUGAUUAUUCCUGGCGUCGAUAUAAAAGUGAAGUUGGUUAGAUCCCCAAAUAAUUUCUGCUUACUGGCAGGGGGUGAAAAUCCAGCAUACAAGGUAAUAAUUCAGGAAGCCGUACUUCGCGUGCGACGUGUGACUGUAAGCCCUACGCUGCGUUUAGAACACAAAAAAUUCCUGGAUAAAACAACCGCAAAAUAUCCCAUUUCAAGAGUGGAGGUGAAAUCUAUGGCCAUCCCCCAAGGGCUGAUGUCCUUGGAUAGGGAGAAUGUAUUCCUCGGGGUUUUACCGAAACGUGUUGUCGUGGCCUUAGUUCAUAGCGAAGCGUAUCAUGGAAGUUAUGCCAAGAACGCUUUCAAUUUUCAUCAUUAUAAAGUCACUCAAGUCGCCCUGUCUGUGAAUGGCGAAACGCGGAAACCUAUCCAGGUUCAGUUUGGCGACGCAGGGACUGGCCUGUACAUACGAGGUUAUGAAACUCUGUUUUCUGGUAUGGAUAAAAUGUUUGCCGACUCUGGAAAUCUUAUCAGUCGUGAAGAUUACGCCAAUUUUGUGCGAUGAGCACAUGCUCAUAACUGCUCAUGAGCACAUGCUCAUGCUCAUAACUGCUCAUGAGCACAUGCUCAUCUGCUCAUAACUGCUCAUGAGCACAUGCUCAUCUGCUCAUAAAACUGCAGUGCUGCUCAAUAACAAGGCAUUUCUACACAGUCAGUGCUAACGGAAUGAGCUGCAAAUUUUGCAGAAAGCAAUUUAGCCGUGGUUACAAUUUACGAAGACACGAAAAGGAAUACUGUCCCCUACGUGCACAAGAACGAAACAUGUCUCAAACAGACUCGGAUAGCCAGGAAAGGGAUUUCCAAGACGAUGUCUCAACAACUUCAACUGAUGUGUCUGAAAUUUCGAUGAGGACUGAUGAUUCAGAAACUGAAGAGGAAAUGGACCCUUGGAUACCGUUGAUAGAAGAAGCAAAACAAAGAAGAAAUAUAGCUUUAGAGGAAAUGAAAGAAAACCUUAUAAACACUGGUUCAGAUGAGCAAUCCGCUAAGGACAAAGCUUUCUCUAAUAUGCUGCCGAAACUCCGGAAGGAACUGGAAAAUAUUUAUAUUGGAUGAAACAACUAAAGAAAGAUCCAGUACAUAAGAAGAUAAUGCACACAAAAGAUGCGCUUGUGGAAAACGAUGAUUUUGAUCCAGAAGAAGCGCUAGAAGCAGCUGUUGAUAAGAGAAAGUUUCUUAUAAGAAGGCUUUUAAAGCGUAUUAGACUCCCGACUGAUAGGUCGAAUAUAGGAUUGAAGUCUUGUAUUCGAACAGUAUUAGCAUCUAAAACAAUACCAGUAUAGACACAGCAUUUAUGUAAAUUCGAGUCAUUAAAAUAAAUUGCUUUUCAAUUAUACCUGUGUUUUCUUGUUAUUUUUAUGUAGAAAUGCCUUGUUAUUGAGCAGCACUGCAGUUUUAUGAGCAUGUGCUCAUGAGCAGUUAUGAGCAGAUGAGCAUGUGCUCAUGAGCAGUUAUGAGCAUGAGCAUGUGCUCAUGAGCAGUUAUGAGCAUGUGCUCAUCGCACAAAAUUGUACCCGACAUGAUUUUAAAAAUCUAACAAACUCUGUGCGUAGUAGUUCGGAGUUAAAUAUUUCUUAUAAGAAGGCUUUUAAAGGGUUACGAUUCUGAUGAUGAUGACAUGCAAUGAUGAUUAGACUAUCGACUGAUAGGUCGAAUAUAGGAUUGAAGUCUUGUACUCGAACAGUAUUAGCAUGUAAAACAAUACAAGUAUAGACACAGCAUGUAACUUCGAGUCAUUAAAAUAAAUUGCUUUUCAAUUAUACUUGUUUUUUCUUGUCAUUUUUACAUGGGUUGGUCGGAUAGAAAUCAAAAUGGCAAAAACAUGCGAAUACGAAAAAUUAUACAUUUGUGUACAUAAACUAAUCAAUUUUUCUGCUGUGGUGUCUGGGCUUCCACGAACGAAGAAUGCACUUCGGGCCAUUGGGCCUAAACGGGCCUCAUGAGCAGAUGAGCAUGUGCUCAUGAGCAGUUAUGAGCACAUGCUCAUCGCACAAAAUUGUACCAGACACAGUAGUUCGGGUUAAACUGGCCUUAUGAGCAGAUGAGCAUUCGCUCAUGAGCAGUCUCAAAAUUUUGUGAAAAACUCAUUUUCAAAGGUUUAGACUUAGUCGUUGAUACGAUUCAGUUAUUAAUGGUAUUACACUCCGGUUUCAACUUUCGGACAGUGUUGAUAGGUGGUUUUUGCAGGUUCCGCGCCAUACCCAUGGAAAUGAGUAUGCUGAGACAAGCCGAAGACGACGAGGAAGAAGUAGUUCUGUUUGAACUCAAGGAAAAACAAUGUUGA